CUCCCCUUCCUUGUGAGUUAAGAUGGCGGACCGGCGACGACGAAGGCGGCGCGCUUCUCAGGACAGCGAAGAGGAGGAGGAGGAGGCUUCGGGCUCAGACAGCACCGGCUCCGCCUCACAAGCGGCCAAGACCCGGCCGAGGGUCCCGGAGCCUGUCGAGGCCCCGGCGGUUCGCAGCGCCCCAAAAAGCGAUGUCGAGUCGGAGUGUGAAAGUGAAGAUGGUGGUGUAGGUGAAGCUGUCCUUUCAGACUACGACAGUGCGGAUCCUGAGGAGAAUGGUUCUCACUCAGAGGGAGGAGAGGAAGAGGAGGAGGAGGAGGGAGAGCAUUUUAGUGAUGAAGAGGCUGCACGCCCUGCUGCAGAACAGAAAGCUGCAGUGGAUACUCCUGCAGAGGAGUUGGGACCCGAACAAGAGGGGGAAGAGGAAAAGAUGAAAGAAGUGAAGGUGGAAGAAAAGAGCAAUCUGGCAGGAGAGAGACAGAGUGGGGAUGGCCAGGAGAGUACAGACGACCCAGAGAAUAAGUCGGCGGGUAAAACAGGCCAGAAGCUGGAUGAUGACGAGGAUCGUAAGAAUCCAGCUUACAUCCCUCGCAAGGGCCUGUUCUUUGAGCAUGACGUCAGAGGCCAGGCCCAGGAUGAGGAGAGGCCAAAAGGCAGACAUAGGAAGUUAUGGAAAGAUGAGGGUCGCUGGGAGCAUGAUAAGUUCCGGGAAGAGGAGCAGGCGCCUAAAUCUCGUGAGGAGCUGAUAGCUGUGUAUGGUUAUGACCUUCGUAAUGGCACUGGGCCCAGCGAAGGCAGACCAUACCGGUCCAGAAAACCAAGGCAUACUGGCUCACCAAACCAGGAGCCCAAACGUUACAAGGAUUUCGAGAAGCCUACACGCACCUCGUGGCAGGGCUCAGCUCCCGGUUCCCGCAAUGCUCCCCCACCCACAAUGACUCUUCAAUCUGGCCCUCCCUCUGCUCCCCAUUCUGCUUCCCGUCCCCAAGCCAGGCCUUCCUCACAAGCACCUACACGCAGCUUCCAGGGUGGCCGUGGCCCGGUGCAGUCCCACCGCGCAGAGACUAGAGGAUACGGGAAGCCUGGAAUGGAGGGGCCCCCACCUCGCAAUACAAGACCCCAGCCUUUGGAGGGCGAACGUGCACCCAGGCUAAGAGGCCGGGGUUCGCAUGGACCGCCCGCAGAGCGCAGCCCUGCUGUGGUGGUGGAGGACGUACGCAGUGAAGACGAAGAGGAGGGUGAGAUCCCCGCUGUGACCACCACCUACACCGCACAUCACUACAAGACGGAGCGGGAGACUGCUCCAUCGCCAAGGCGGCAGGAGUCCGGUCCUGUAGCUGAGCCAGCCGGUGGGACAGGACCAAUAAGGGAGUCCUCCCCUCCCCCAGAGAGGCCUGUGGAAAAGAAAUCCUACUCCCUUGCACGGAGGACCCGGGCAAAACCCUCGGACCUUAGCAAGCAGGCGUCUCUAGAGGACUCUGCUCCAUCAAUGCAGCCCACCCCCACAGCUAUAAAGAGUGAGUCCUGGCAGGGUGAGACGAGCACACAGAGUGGACUGACUGGGCUGGAUCAGGACCUGGCUCGUCUCAGCUUGGCUGGGCAAAACUGGGCCCAAAGCCCACCUUCGUACCUGCGGCCUGAGAUGAGGGGCAUCCCCAGCACUAUGCAUAUGGGAGGAGGUCCUCAUCAAUACGGCAACAUGGAAGACAUGGGUGUUGGAGGCGGUCGAGCUAAACGUUAUUCCUCACAGCGGCAGAGACCAGUUCCUGAACCUGCACCAAUGCAUAUAGGGGUGAUGGAGGGUCAUUACUAUGAAGCCAUGCCAUUCCAGGGACCAAUCUACGCACACAGUGAUGGGCCUGCCCCCAUGCCACCGCAGGGACUGCUGGUCCAGCCAGAGAUGCACCUGCCCCACCCUGCACACCCAGGCUUGCAUCCACACCAGUCGGGAGGACCCAUGCCUAACCCUGCUCUCUAUGCUGCCCCACCUGUUUCUAUGUCACCCGGACAACCUCCCCCACAGCAGUUACUGCCCCCGCCGUUCUAUCCCCCACCUGGGGUCAUGACCUUUAGCAACACAAACUACCCCUACCCUGCUGGAGCUACACUACCACCAAUGUACCCCAACCCACAGGCCCAGUCACAGGUAUAUGGUGGCGUCACGUAUUUUGACACGGUACAGCAGCAAGCCCAGCCUAAACCCUCACCCCCACGACGCACCUCCCAGCCGGUCACUGUCAAGCCUCCCCCACCAGAGGACCAGAGCAGAAAGCCCAGUGAGGAGAUUCGUUCCUAGCUCUCGCUGAGAGACAUGGAGGCAGCAUCGCUGCCUUCCAGGACCAGCACCACUUGUGGAUGAAUAGAAUUUGCAUUCUUGUUUUAUUAUUUUUAGUUUUUUUUUUUUUAUUUGUUUAUUCCUUAUGUUUAGUUUCUUAUUCUGCAUUGUCAAAUUUUAAACCUCAUGCAAAGUCCUAUUUGCAAGUCAUUUUUUGGUCAUAUCAGUUCUCUUGACCUGCAGUGUUUUGCCUCUCAGCCGUUUGCUGUUGCUGUGUGCCGCCAUCGCGUUCAGGAAGGCAUAUCUCAGCCCUUGAAAUGUAUUGCAAGACGCAGUUUAAAAUCAAGCUGGCAGAUGGCGAGAGGUUGUGCGGCUGAUAACUGUUCUUGUAUAACUUUUGGUCUACAGAUAUCAUACUAAUAAUUGCUAUCUUUCCUUUUUUUUGGGUAGGAAAGGCAGAGAGUAGCUAAUAUUUAAAACAAUAUUAAUUUAGUGCAGUAUGUCGGAUGUGUUUAAAGGAGCUACAUGUAAGAUUAAACAUACCUUUUGUCUGCUAGUAAUGAAAUAUCGAAAAUAACCUGCUUCUUAAACAAAAAAGGCUUGAACCUGCAUGAUUAACUUUGCUUGGUGGAAUGUAACCACUAUACCACAUGUGCGUGACAGCUGGAUGGAGGAGCCGUUCAGAUAGGCUUUAGUUGCAAUUAAAAUAAAGAAAGAUUCUUGCAUGUAGCACCUUCAAUUCUGUGUUGCGCUCACAUUCAGCAUUAGAAGGCAGUUUGUUCAGCCUGUAAGUCUAUGCAGUUACUUUAGCUUACUCAUUGUUUCCUGCCCCCCCCUCCUUUUUCUCUUUCUGUUGGUUAGUUAAGUAAGGUACAUUUCAUUAAUUUUGAUUCAUUUGAUUCAUUAGUGUGGUUUCAGUACCAGAGAAUGCAAGGGCCUUGAGCUGAGUAACUGUAUGAGCUGUAUGAUUUAAUUAUUUUUUAUUUAAUAAUUGUUUUGUGUAGUAGCUUAAUGGAUUAAGUGUAAAGCAUCCAUGAUUAGUUGCAUCACAGACAAGACUAUUAAUAAAAAUGUAUUACGGAAGGGGCAUAAAAAGAUAUUGGUUACAAAACACUGAUCUUUUUUUUUUUCUUUUCAUUUUUCAUUCCCUAUUCCUCAUCACUCACACCAGGUUUUCAAGUGUGCUCAUUCAAUAUGAAAUCUGAUUUGUAAAUCCACCCUAAUGGUGCUAGACUCUGUGUAGCGAAGAGUAAACUUCACACUCUUCCCCGCACCUUCACCACACCUUCAAAAAACUCUCUCUCUCUCUCUCUCUAUUUUUGACAUUGUACUGUGUUAAAUUUAAUACUGUAAAACCAGAUAAAGAACCGUUAACCUUGCCUGAAAAACUGACGUACUUGACAGUACUACUGCUAAUGUAAGUGUAUAUAGAAUAAAUGUAUAUUAAAGCCUGUGGUUUAAAGAGCAGUAAUACUUUAAACUCGUCGGCAGGGAAACCUCGCCUAAUAACCCCCCCCCAUUUUUUGUUUUCCAUGCAUUGUUUGUAAUGGAUUAACUGAAUUAACUUGUGGCUAUAAAUUGUUUUGUCUACAUUUUUUAUUUUUAUUUUAGAUAUGCUGAAUGCUGAAAGUCAUACCCCCCCUCCCCCCCUCACCUCCUUUAGAGGUACUGUACAGGCAUGCAUGCAAUUAGCAAUUCAAGAAGGGGCUCCUAGGGCUGAGAGGCUGUUACGUUCUACUCUUUGGGGUCUGUUUAUGGAUGCAUCAUUUUAAGUGAUUCCCUUUAUUAUGCGUUCCCCAAAACCUGCCAGUAUAACUGAAAUCUGAUUCUCCUGUGCGCUCUCAGUGUUGUAUAAAUGUUGCUCAUAAAGUGGCGAUUCGAGUAUAUUAAAAAAUAUAUAUAUAUAUUACUUAUAUAUGCCUUAAAAAUAAAUUGGUUUGACAUAUCUGUUUUGAUUGACUAGACCUGCCAACACUGUGAGGGGCUCGUAUGUUUCAUAGGUGUUUGAAUAUAUUAAAGUGUUUCAUUUUUUUUUUCUUUUUUCCGUUUGUUUUGUGGAGCAAUUUUGUCAAGAGAACUAUUAAACAAAACCCAAGUGUAA